ACCCCAAAUUUUCCCUACUGUCACUCUCUCUCACUAAACCCCAAAACCCUAACUGUAAAUUCGAUCGCUGAGAACGAAGAGAGAGAGAGAGAGAUUGAGGGUGGCCGGUGAAGCAGUGAAGGAAGAAACGAUGUCGUCCGAUACCGAAGAUACGACGUCGGGUUCGGAGUCUGAAGCAUCGGACUCUGCGAAGGCCAACUCCACGCUGGAAUUCAUAGAGAAGCUCUCAGAUGUGCCAAUGGGGCGGCUGCCCCCGAACAUUGAAUUCCAGAGGACACGUGUCGAGUGCAAGGCCGAUGCUCCCAUUCAUACUGAUACUUUUCAGUAUAAUGGUGCUUAUGCAUCAAUGGGAGUCGAUAAUAACUUAGUGGAUAGCUUCUGUGACAACUUUAAAGUUGAAGUUAUUAAUCUUACGGAGGAUGAGAUGGAGUUUGAUAUGAUCGGCAUUGAUCCAGCAGUUGCCAAUGCAUUCCGGAGAAUCCUUAUAGCUGAGGUUCCCACAAUGGCUAUUGAAAAAGUUCUUAUUGCAAACAAUACAUCAGUAAUCCAAGAUGAAGUACUUGCUCACAGGUUGGGUCUCAUUCCGAUCAAGGUUGACCCUAGAUUAUUUGAAUUUACAGAAAAUAAUACACCAAAUGAAAAGAACACCAUCGUUUUUAAGCUCCAUGUUCGCUGUGAACGAGGGGGGCAGCGUAUUUCAGUAAAGUCAAAAGAAUUGAUUUGGUUGCCAAAUGGGAGUGAGUAUCCUUUGGAAUCGCAAGAUACCAAGUCAGAGUCAUCCUCAAAACCAAAAACAUAUACAUCAUUUACUUGCAGUCAGGAUUCCUUGCCAGAAUUUUCCGACAAUCCAAUUUGCCCCACGAGUGGAGACAUUACAAUUGCUAGACUAGGCCCUGGUCAGGAAAUUGAUCUGGAAGCACAUGCUGUUAAGGGCAUUGGUAAAACACAUGCUAAAUGGUCUCCAGUUGCCCCUGUUUGGUAUAGGAUGCUUCCUGAGGUUAUAAUAUCGCAAGAUAUUGAAGAUGAGAUGGCUGAGAAACUUGUGGCAACAUGCCCAGUUAAAGUAUUUGAUAUUGAAGAUAUUGGCAACGCAGGUAAAAAAAGGGCUACUGUAGCCAGACCGCGUGCUUGCACACUGUGCAGGGAGUGCAUCAGAGAAGGGAAGGGUUGGGAGAAUUCUAUUGCUCUGCAGCGUAAGAAGGAUCAUUUCAUUUUCAAAAUUGAAUCAACCGGUGUAUUACCUCCUGAAGUGCUAUUUACUGAAGCUGUGAAGAUUUUGGAAGACAAGUGCGAUCGUGUUAUUUCUGAUCUUUCGUGAUGCUCUGGUAUUUGUGUAGAAAGAAAAUGAAGCUAGAAGGAACAGUAAAAAUAUUUGAUGUCCUGUAUGUUUAGAUCGCAAAUCCACAUACCGAUAUGUGAAGUGAAAUUCUUAAUUUGCAGUAAGAUGAGCAGCUGUUUUCUUCUUCUUUUGUAAUUUUUGGUUUGCUCGUGCAAAGUAUAUUCUUAUGUAGCUCUGUCCUUCCCCAUAGUAUUCUAUGGCUCAGGAAAUUUUUCACACACUAUUUUUCUACUUAUCCGCACUUUUGUUUA